AUGGGAGUGUGCUAGGGAAAUCGUUUUUCGAGCAGCAGUAGGAACUUCUGUUUAGUUUGUUUUGGCGCUACCAUGCCUUCUCUUCGGCGUGGAGCGUAGUCGUUAUCGUAGGUAGUCACGUAGGCGCCGUAGCGAUUACAAUGUAGCGGGUGGGGGGAUUGCCCCAGAAAAGAAACGAGAGAGCGAUUGGGAGGCGACGGCAACAAAAGAUGGCACUCAGCCGCAAGAAGCAACGCAUGAAACAGCCCGACUGGCUCGAAAACGGUGAUGGCAACUACAAGACCAGGACGUUCGUCUUCGAGUCGCACAAGGAAUCUCUUACGGUCAAGAUCCUGGAGAUGAUGGACCCCAGCUAUGGGAUGUACGUCUGGCCUUGCAGUCCUGUCCUGGCACAGUACCUUUGGUUCAACCGAGAACACAUCAAGGGCAAGAGGAUGCUCGAGAUCGGGGCCGGCACGGGUCUCCCGGGCAUCCUGGCGGCCCUGCUGGGCAGCCGGGUGACACUGUCGGACUCGGCGCCCCUGGGCAUCAAGCACUGCCAGCGCAACGUGGAGGCCAACGGCCUGACGGCCAACGAGGUGCCCGUGGUGGGCAUCUCCUGGGGCCUCUUCAACCCAGCCCUCUUCCAGCUGGGCCCCAUAGACAUCGUCCUCGGCUCGGACUGCUUUUAUGACCCCAAAGAUUUUGAGAACAUCAUCGUGACGGUGUCAUAUCUGCUUCAUCAGAACCCGCACGGACGCUUCUGGUGCACUUACCAAAUACGCAGUGCGGACUACUCCCUGGAGAGCCUGCUGAAGCAGUGGAACCUGGUGUGCGUCCACGUGCCCCUGGAGAACUUCGAGGCAGACUCUCCCAACCUGGCCGGGUCGGGGCUGCCCGGCCAGCACACUGUCGAGAUGCUGGUCAUGAGCGUUGACACCACGGUGGAGCCAAGUGCCGCCGACAAGGCCAAGGCGUGGCCUGACUAGGUGUGUCUUGCCAGAGCCGUAUAUUGGGAGAGUUUGGACAAUGGGCGGAGCAAAGACCGCUGCCAGCGCCGAAUAUUCCCCCCAUGGUUAUAGCGUAAAAUAAAAGUGCAACACAGCGUCGACCCAUCAGCAGACUGCAACAUCAGAAUAUUGGAAACGACAUUUAAAACGUGAAAUAGAAACGUUCAACCUCGGCAUCUGUGUGACAAUGGCGUCAAUAGCAAAUCAGCAGCAAUGAUCACAGCUACGCAGUUUACUCUGGUAUGGAGCGCAUGUUCUUUUAUUCUGCCGUUGAAUACGGAUGUGACGAAAACCUUGCAUGUGCCAAGUUUUUAGUCACCAAGAGUUAUAGCUUUAUACUCUAGCGAUGUUUAAACAGCUUAAAUUAGUGGAGUCAUAUUUUUAAAGCUCACGACCGCUGCUAGGGGCUGUUUUGCGGCUUGUGGUUGGCCACGAGAUGCUCGCCUAUUCAAACCAAUGAAUGGCCAAACUCUCCCAAUACGCGGCUCUGUGUCUUGCAUAUGCUCGUCUUCCAGAGUGGGUUCUGCUAGUGCCGGGUCGUUGCAUGUGUUCCACUCAAUGCAUUGGUUCCAGUUUUGAAAUGUCACCCAGAUAACGGAAAAACUAAUGGACAGUAUGGUGGAACCAUUUAUGGAGAAGUUGGACAAGCUUGUGGCCAGAGCACAUUGAGCUCCAGUAAUCAACAUGCGCGUCUAUGUUGCGACUUGACACUGACUUUGCCAACACACGUUGAGUUCUUUUGGUGUAGGCUGUGUAUAUAUUUUGGAUGCUAUGCAAUUUCUUCCAGGUGGCACACUGCUGUAGAACGUUAUGGAGGUUGUCAGUCGAAAUGUGCCUACUGCACACUGAAAAACAGUGUGCAGUGUCGGAGAGUAGUUACACUGUCCCUACUGUGCCCUCAGUGUCGAAUGGUGAUAGGGGUCUUUCCAAUUUUUCCCGUUCUUGCCCCCGUCUUGUUCGAUUUUAGCCUGUUCUAUGUCCUCUAGUCAGUUUGUUACGCUUUUCGUGCACCUCGUCGCAUUGCAUUGAAAAGAAACGCAUGAACACGUCUUCCCAUGUUGUGGGUUCCCUCUAGUCGUGCUGUGAUCUCGAGAGACGAUUUAUCUAAACCUUAUUGAAAUUGUGGUCGUACAAUUUUACCUUUUUUAUACCAUAUGUGCUUAAUAUUAUUUAUCAUGUACCCAAAUGAGGGGUCUACAUCCAAUACUGGUAGCGGAUGACUUGCAUCAUUCCUUAUAUUUCUGUUUGCAUACAUGAAAAUUAUAUUCUUGCACCAAUUUUUAUUUUGUCAUUUCGCUGACGUAACGUUUGUGAAGUUCGGUCUCGCAAGCUGUGUUAGAAAUAUUCAUUUGUUCAACACAAACGGUGGACGUAGUCCCUCAUUUGGAAUUUUAAAACUCGUUGAAUAUCUGUCCGUGUCCUGACUCAAAAAAAGUUCUGUCAAUGGCUGUCAGCUGGACACUGCACACUUCAGAAAAGACUUGUGACUUGAAUUUUUGUGGUCGGCAGAUAUGAUUACAAAAUAUUUGGAGAAACUAGAAGUAUUUCACGAGUGCUAUGUUAAAUGUAGCUGCAAUGUUUCAGCAUUUUUUUUAGAGCCUCGUCAUAUUCUGUGCAUGUUUGCGAAAUAAAUAUUAUGCUUGAAAGUCUAA